CAGUGCGGCCUCCACCUGUUUCCUUCAUUCCGGGGGUUUCAUGGGAGCAGAAAGUUUGUUUUUAAUAUCCCAGCUCUUAUCUUGUAGCGGCAGCCUGUCCCCUCCCCUUGGACAGACAGACAAAGGCAGAGAGAGCUUUCCUGUUCCAACCACAAUUCGCACAGCACGCGGACACCAUGGGGAACAACUGCAUCAUCACUGCGUCCAGCCACCUGGAACUAAACAUGAGCGAUUACAGCUUUGAGAACAUGAUGGUGAAUUACUCCUCCGAAUAUAACAUUGAUGAGAUCUUGGCCUCUGCACCCUGCCGGAGUGGCUACUGUUCAUUCUUUCGCAACCAUGCCUUCAACUUCCUGGUUGUGGUCUGUGCCCUGGGCCUGUUGAGUAACCUGGCUCUGGUGGUGGCCUUGACCCGCUGCCGGAGUCUUUGGGGCUGGCCCCCUGGCAGAGCCUCCUUGUUCCAGCUGAUGCUUGGCACCACCAUCUUCACGGCCAUGCUGCCAUUUUUUGCUGCAGGCAUCAGGCAAGGUUGGGUCAUUGGUAACGGGCUCUGCAAGAUGGCGUACAUGCUGUGGCAUGGAAGCCUCUUCGCUGAAGGGUUGCUGGUAGCUGCUGGUGCAUGCAGUGCCAUGUGGGGCAAAUGGGUUCCCAGCCGGCACCACUGGUGCAUGGCCGUGGCUCUCUGGGUGGCAGCUGUCCUCCUGGCAGUGCCAGCUGCCUUGCUGAGUGGGACGGAGGGGCACCCGCAGAAGCUGUGUAUGAUGAGGGACAUGACCGGGUGGUACCUGGCCCACGUCACAUCCUGCCUGGUUGUUUUCAUUCUGCUCCCUGCUGCACUGGGCGUAGCCAAGGCAAUGCUGACAUGGCGCAGGAGUGGCUGGCAGCUGCGGGUUGGGGUGACAUGUCUGUUCUUCCUUCUCUGGGUGCCGUACGGGACAGCCCUGCUCCUAGACUUACUGGUGCGGAGGCUGCUGCCCUACGCCAGCUGCCAUUUCUAUGAGCUUCUUGACUUCUUCCUGGGGCUGUCAGAGGGCCUCGGUGUGCUGCACUGCUGCCUCGGGCCCUUGCUGCUUCUCGGAGCAGGGCUGUAUCACCGAAGGACCCAUGCUGACCCAGGCCCUCUCCGAGGGCCAGCACAGCAUGUGCCAGGGCUAAUAUUGCCAACCCCAAAUGUUCAAAAAGCAUGAGUCAGGCUGACCAAAAAUCAUGAGAUUGGCUUUAAAAUUCUGUGAGUCUCUAAAAUAAUCUUGGGGUCCUUUUUAUUUGCCUUCUGCUUUUUGAGCCUUUAGUGUACAUGGGGGAAACAUUGUAAUGCUUUCACUACAGCCAGGAGGGCUAGAAACUGACUUUUUCUUUAAGAAUAAAGGCUGAAGUCAUCACAUCUCCACUUGGCUCCAGGAGCUGGGGCUUUCAGGAAAACAAUAACUAUCAUGAGACUCAUGACAAACUCAUAAGAGUUGGCAACACAGGGGGCAGGGCUGCCCAGGUACCCUCCAGCUGGUGUUCUGCAUGUCCAUGUAGGUGCCCAUGCUGCAGUGCCUGAGCUCGACUUGCCAUUCCUGGCACUUUGUGUCAUCAUUUUCACCCAGGCAGAGCAGCUUAAUCCUACUUUCCACUGGUGGAAAUGACAACCCAAGGUGCUGGGGGGUCAGGGAGAAGUCAGACCCCCGUCUCUCUGCCCGGGGCUGUGGAAGCAGCAUUCACAGCCAUGGGGCUGAGUUGGCCGAGCUCCCUUGCUCACCUGAGCUUCCUGCCACCAACGAAAGCAGGAGAAGGUGGGUGAAGUAUUAUCUUUAAUUGGACCAACUUCUGCUGGUGAGAGAGACAAGCUCUUGAGCUGCAUGGAGCUCUGAGAACCUGUCCCAGACCUGGGCUCUGUGCAGCUCGAAAGCUUGGCUCUCACCGAUAGACAUUGGUCCAAUCAAAGAUGUUACCUGACCCACCUCGUCUCUGUCAUAUCCUGAGACCAAUGUGGCUGCAGCAACCUGCAGCCAAUGGACAGGGCCUCUUCACUGCAGAGUUAACUCAAGUUAUAACAGGAGCGCUGCCCCUCACUCCCCUCCCAUCCACACACAAACCCCUCACUCGAGUGCAUUGCUUUUAACUGGAGCUGGCUGGGCCAUCGGGGGUACAGGCGACAGCUCGGGCGAGCACAACUCCUCAGCAGCUAACACAACCACUCUAGUGUGGAAGCAGACUAGUUCCACUCGAGUGCUGCUAGUCCUCCAGUGCCUUCCUACAAUUCCCCCGUGGCCCCAGCAAGGACAGACAAGUUCUCCCCUAGUUCACUGGGAAAGAAUCCAUAGAGCGGCUCAGCUCACGCAGGGCUAAGCACUAGGGGACAUGCCCCCAGGAACCGUAGUGCCUCACAUGAGCCAGGGCAGCGCCAGUGUGGACACAGCAGCUGGAGGGUUACUGCACAGCGGGGCUGCUCUCACGUGGGCUGGGCUGACUCGAGAGGAGUCACCGGAGCAUAGGGAGCUUGAGUUAACUGUUCCCAGAAGACAGACCCUGAAUCUCAACCUGGCCAAAACAGAACACUUAACCUGUCCCCCAAGCCCUCCCAGCACCCUGCUCUCUCGGUCCCCUGCCAUCACCAACACGCCCGUAACCUGGGCAUUGACUUUGACUUAUCCCUCUCUCUAGACAUCCAUGCUGUGUCUGGAUCAUAUCCCUCCUUCCAGCCCGGCCUGUCUAAGACCCAGCCUGUCCUUUGGCCACACAGCUGUGUCUCUGGCCCAGGCCCUCAUCAUCUCUCACCUUCAUGACCACAUCCUCCUCCUUCUCUCUGGCCUUGUCAAACCCAUCUUCCUCCUUAAACCCUUUCGAAAAGCUACUGCCAGAUCAUUGCCUGGCUCAUUGGGCUCAGCGGGUCACCCCCCUGUGCCUCCCUAUGCUGGUCCCCGCUCCUCCACAGCACUGAACACAAACAACAUGUCAGCCCUUCCCAGCUAUGGCCUGCCUGACUAACUCAUCUUUUAGAUGGCACUGAGCCAUCGCCAGUCCCCUCUUCCCCCCGGAAAUGAUGCAGCCGUCAGCACCCAUCAGUUAGCUCAUCCCAGAAGCACCUUCUCACUCCCUCCCCCACCUGCCCUUAUGCCACGGACAAGCAAAACCACCAUGUUCUCGGCCUUAAACCUCUCCAAGCCCCAGCUCGGCCUGCUGCCUGUGAAGGGCUGGGUGGUGGCUGGGUGGCUGCUGGGCUGUGACUGCUGCACAGUCCCUGUUCCCUGUGCUCCCGGGUCUGUCUGAGUAACCUCUGUGACACUCUGUACCUUGGGGGAACACCCAGCACCCCCAUGUUCAUCCUUAUAAUAUGAUUGUGUGGUAGCCAAUGCAAAGCUUGUCAUGUCAGGUAUCUUUGGAAGGCUCAUGAUGUACUGAAUAAUUAAUGUUAUAGUAAUGUUAUAGGCUGUAAUUUCAUGUAUAUAGUUAUGAGGCUGAAAAUGUAUCCUCCUGGCUUAAAGCAAGCCCAGGCAAAAACUCUCUAAGAGCAGAGGGGCAGUUCACACCUCAUCAGGGCAUGUAUGGGACAAACCCAGCCCAGCCUCACAGGAAUAAAGGACGCUGGCCAAGGUAGCAACAAAAGAAUCUGAUGGACUCUUGAGUGAGUCACCCCCUGACUUUGGUCAGUUUGGGACUGCGAUGAGGUGAUGCUCACCUGGCUCUGAAGGGGGGCGGCAAAGCCAAGAGGGAAGAAAGG